UGCAAAGGGUUUUUUUUUUUUUUGGGACGCCAGCGGCGGAAUUCUUUCUUUGACAAGAUGGCGGCAGGAGGCCGUGGCGGUGGUGGGAAGCACAGCUCGAAAAGCGAUGCCCAUUCUGGUUUCCUGGGGUUGCGGCCUACUUCGGUGGACCCAGCGCUGAGGCGGCGGCGGCGAGGCCCAAGAAAUAAGAAGCGGGGCUGGCGGCGGCUGGCUCAGGAGCCGCUGGGGUUGGAGGUUGACCAGUUCCUGGAAGACGUGCGGCUACAGGAGCGCACGAGCGGUGGCUUGUUGUCAGAGGCUCCAAAUGAAAAACUCUUCUUCGUGGACACUGGCUCCAAGGAAAAAGGUGAGGAGAGGCUUAUGUGGUGGGGAAUGGCCGUUAUUCAUUAUUAGCUGGCUUACUGUAGCCUUUGAGAUCUGUGUUAAUUUUGUGG